AUGGCUCCAGCUUCUUUAGUCGAUCUGUUUGGCGAGACACCACAAGACGCUGCAAAUGCAGUAUACAGGCGGAAUUCUAUCGGCGCCGAUGAGCGUUCACCUACCUAUCAUCAAGAUAAGGAAGCCCAAUAUGUUCUUCCAAACGACUUUCAAGAGCACGUCCGUCUCGAGAUCCAAGCACUGCACCUGUCCAACAUGAUGGGAGGCCAUGUAUUGCAUGCACCAAUCAAGCAUGGCGGAAUUCAACGAAUGCUGGACAUUGGCUGCGGGACUGGUAUCGUGACCGAUCUGAUGUCUGAGAAAUUCCCUCAGGCAGAAUGUAUCGGCCUAGACCUCUCCGCUGUGCCAUCAAUCCGCGAGCACGAGCCGAAUGUCAGUUUCUUCCAGGGAAAUGCAGCCACCAAUUUACCGUCCCAAUGGCGUCCGAUCGAGGAUAGACCCGGUCUGCCUAAAGACUCAGAGCUCUUCGACUACAUCUUCAGCCGCCUGCUGAUAUGUGGAAUGACCGACUGGCCGGCAUUCAUAAGAAAAGAAUAUGAGCUGGUGAAGUCUGGUGGCUGGGUUGAGGUGCACGACGUGGCAUGGGACUGGUACAAUAUCAACGACUCGGUCAUCAGCGAGGACUGGUCGUGGCUGCACACACUAAGCAUGGCUUGCGAGCAGAAGAAAGGCAUGUCCUUUCAGUGCGGCAAGCUCGUUGAGAAAUGGAUGCAAGAAGCUGGGUUCGUUCAGAUCCGUCAAUUUGAAUAUCGGUGGCCGUUCUGUGGGAAUACGGAAGAGACUCCUGAUAUGCGUGCUUUUGGAGAGUACUCGACGACGACGGUGCCGACCAUGUUGCAUCAUAUGAUUCAGAGGACAAUGGACGAUGAGUCGGGAAGUGAGGAGAACCAGCAAGAGAUCGAGGCGAUGCGGGCGGACAUGCGGUGGUGCCUCUUGCCGGAGGCUGGAAAGUAUCAGGUGUUCUAUGUGACGAUUGGUAGAAAGCCUGAAUAG